GGCGUUAAGGAAAUCAAAAUCAAGGGGAAAACGACGUCGUUGUCAUGUUUAAAGAGGAAGAAAAACCCGUGCCGUUUGCAUUUGGAAAGAGGUGAGGUCCCCUCUCCCAAAUAAAUAUGUUCCACGAAGCUUGAAUCUUGGUUUUUUUUUUCCCAAAUAUAAUUAAAAAAACCCAAUUUUACCUUCAUUAUUUUUUCAUUUUUUGCAGACAAAUUCCAGCGUCGGACAAAAAAAAAAAGGAGCAAAAAGCAGAUAGAGAGAGCUGAAAGUCUCUUCUUCUUCUUUUCUCUUUGUUAUCAUCAAAUCAAGAUACCCAAUACUCUGUUGUCUUUUGGUACUUAGGACUGUUGGUACUUGUACUUGGCAGAUGGAACCUAUCAGUUUUGACAUUAUGUUGUAAUUAUCGAGGUUCAGUUUCUGCUACUAGAAAAUGGUGUUGCCUAUGUAAUCACUUCUGUUCCUCUUCUCAAAAUGUGGAGUUUUGCAUCCAACUGCAUUGCUGGAACUGUUGGACUAAAAAAUGAUUCUCUAAAGCAAACUCAUGCUACAUCAGAAUGUUCUGAUGAUGAAAGUUCUUCCGUAGUCAGUAGGAAUGAAGUUUUAGAGUGCCCAAUAUGCCUUGAAUCCUUCAACAUCGUAGAAAAUGUGCCCUAUGUUUUAUGGUGUGGCCAUACCCUUUGUAAAAACUGCAUUCUAGGACUUAAAUGGGCUGUUGUGAAAUUUCCCACUCUACCAAUUCAACUUCCAGUUUUCAUCUCCUGCCCAUGGUGCAAUCUCUUGUCUUUUCGUCUGGUUUAUAGGGGAAAUCUCAAGUUCCCUCGGAAGAAUUAUUUUCUACUUUGGAUGGUUGAGAGCAUGAAUGGUGAUAGACUGAAGUCUCGCCCUUCUUUCUGUGAAGAUCGUCCACCAGACUGGUCAUCAAGCAACAAUUUAGCCUUGGCAAACCAAGUAACUCAGUGUAACCAAAGAAGGAGACAGUAUCCUCAUCAUUCUGAGUCAUCCGGAUCAAGCCACAAUCAAACUCAUCUUGCCAAUUACUUCAAUUUGGAAAGAAUACAGUCUUCCCUUCGGAAAUUUCUGGUGUUCUUUAUACAUCUGACAGCCAAGUUCCCUCUAGUCAUCAUAUUUCUCCUAAUCAUCCUGUAUGCAAUUCCUACCAGUGCAGCCAUCUUGGCCCUGUACAUACUUAUUACUGUUCUGUUUGCUCUCCCUUCAUUUCUUAUUUUGUACUUUGCAUAUCCUACUUUAGACUGGCUUGUGAAAGAGAUCAUCACUUGAGAUGGUAUCAGUUUCAUGUUCAGCAAGCAUCAUGAAUAUAAGUUUGCAACUAUAGCGUGAUGCAUCUUUGCCUGAAGACCGUUAAAUCUCCAAUUCGACGACUUUCCAGUGUCCAAGGUUAUGGCAGUUCUUCAAAGCUUCUCAAUAUCUUCUUCAGUGAUAGAAUUUUCCUAAUUAGAAACAUUUCAGCUUGUGCGUGAUUGUUUUGGUUCUUAUUUCUUAGAUUUGCUCAUCCAAUGCCAACCAAAGUUUCCAGACGCAGUAAGAAGUGAUCUGUAUAUACCGGACUUCGGAGCUCUUUGAGAAAGCUUAAUUACGCAUGUACUUGUACGUCUUAACCCCAUGUUCUGAUUUCGUGUGUAUGGCUUUAAUAUUUUGGACAUGUAUCACACUCUUCUACAGCUUCUCUGAUGUAACUGAUUUGCAGUUUUGAGCUUUGACUGGUUGUGGAUUGUGCAAGGAUUCUAAAGUCAAUAAAUUCUGGAUUGUGCAAGGAUCUAAUCUCGAUAAAUACGUUUUUCAACACUGUCACUUUGAACAUUGUUUUUACUUCAAUUUGACUUUCGAGAACAAUGUUAGGAAAUAAUUUCAAAUAUUAAAAAUAUGAUUAAAAAAUAACUUAAUCAAAGAUAAAUC